CCAUUGGCCGAUAGUACAAACAUCCUCCCGCGAUUUACCCAGCAUGCAACGCGCAAGCCGGUGCCUGCGGUGAAAAAAAAAUACGCCAGCUGAGUGGGCAGAUAGAGAAAGGCACAAAUUCUCACACGAGGCACUAAGCAACAAAUCAUUAAGAGAGAUAAAUUAUUUCACUUUAAUUGCCAGUUGGUUUAAAGCCGCGGUGGCACUUUGGUGAUUCAUUAUCACUUUUCUGAAAAAGUGCUGCAACUGCCUAAAAAAAAAGUGACAGGUAUAGAGUUCAGAGAUCCCGACCAACGCCGGCACGUGCGCCCAGUUGAUAGAGAGUGAGUACGGAGGGGCAUCGAGUCUAGCAGGGCCAAACCAGUUUACCGCCCGGGCCGAGCCUUGCGGACUAGAGUGACCACGACCGUGACAAAGCGUGAGCCGGCCCCUAUUCUUCACCGACACACACCCUCGCCUCUUUGACUGCACCGUAGCUGAGUCUUGAUCCUGCCGCGUAGCAGUUGAAAGACUUCAAAGCAGCCGGCACGGACAUCAAAGCGCAUCAGAGCAACUCAUCAAACCCACCGGGCUCCGCCAGACCCACCGCACGCUUUUGUUUUGCUACUUCCACUCCCUGGAUGCUCGGUUUCAUCUCAAACAACGGCCCCAAUUUCGGAUCUCACUGUCUCUUUUGUUAAGGCGUCUAGCUGGGGCGUUAGGUACCCCCUCUCACCGGUCCAGACUUGACGUUUUCCCACUUUGUUCCCAGAGAAUAGUUUCCGUCUUCAGUCACUGUACUUGUCACCUCGAGAGAACACUACGAAGAAUCCUGCUCAGCGUCCCUUUUUUAUGAGGCCUUGAACUUCCAUUUGGAGUUUUGUGAUCGUUAAAAACCCCUUCAGACGCUGAGAGCAUUACGGGAAGCUAGCCUCUCAGGGGAUACGGCUAGCUGCUUGAGUGUUUCCAGGUUAACUGUAUAAAUAGCCGAUUACCGGCUCAUCAUCAUCAUGAAGCUGGAAUGGCUUGUGGCGUUCUUCGUUCUUCCCAUGGCCAGUCUACUUGCCAAGGAAACCACAGCAGCAUCCAGUGGCAAGUGGUGGAGUAUCGCUACCUACCCUCAAAAAUCCAACAUCGUGACGGACACGCAAGGCACCGAGAUCUCACUAGAGCCACAGAUGAGACCGUUGAACAAACGCCAGCGGAGGAUGGUGCGUGACAACCCGGGUAUUCUGCUGGCCAUCUCCCAGGCCGUCAAGAUGGCCGUCACCGAGUGCAAGUACCAGUUCAAGAACCGGCGAUGGAACUGCCCGACCAUGAUGAAUGUCCAAGGAGCCAAUAGCCUCUUCGGCAAAAUCCUUAAUACAGCUUGCAGGGAAACUGCGUUUAUUUACGCCAUAACCAGCGCGGCUGUCACACACUCCGUAGCCCGUUCGUGCAGCGAGGGCAGCGUGGAGACGUGCACCUGCGAUUACAAGUACCAGCGACCCAGCGAAGAGGACUGGGAGUGGGGCGGCUGCAGCGACAACAUCGCCUUCGGCCACCGCUUCUCGCAGAAGUUCGUGGACGCCGACGAGAAAGGGCGAGACUUGCGGUUCAUGAUGAACAUGCACAACAACGAAGUUGGAAGACUGACGGUUUCUUCAGACAUGCGGCAGGAGUGUAAAUGCCACGGCAUGUCCGGUAGUUGCACCAUCAAGACGUGCUGGAUGCGCCUACCAACCUUCCGUACCGUGGGAGAGUUCCUCAAGGAUCGCUUCGACGGCGCUUCCCGCGUGGCGCUCCGCAACGAGGGAGUCCGGGACAGCAGCAACAGCAACAGCAACCGGCCCGGGAGCGAGCGGGGCGGACGGCGGGACCGCGGCCAGCAGCGCGCCCCAACCGGCACCGAGUCCAACUUCCAGCCGUACAACGCCAACCACAAGCCGGCCGGCCCCCGCGACCUGGUCUACUUCGACGACUCGCCCGACUUUUGCGUGCGGAACGAGAAAGUGGGCACCCUGGGCACGGUAGGGCGGGAAUGUAACAACACCUCCCUGGGAGUGGACGGGUGUGACCUGAUGUGUUGUGGGCGGGACUAUGACGGCUCACAGGUCCGAAUCAAGGAAAGAUGUAGCUGCACUUUCCACUGGUGCUGUAAAGUCAAAUGCCAAGAAUGCACGACAGUAAGAACCGUCUAUCGCUGCCGGUAGAACAUUGUAUAAAGUGUACUUUUUGUAAACACCUAACUCAAACCCAUGUCUCAUGUGUUAAGUUCUAAGUAACUUCAGUACAAAAGAAACAGAAAAAGCUCCCGCGAAAGCUUUUUGACAGCAGGAACAUUGACUUUUUCUAAAAACACAAAAGGCAAGAGCUGAGCUUGUCUAACAAACAAGAAAUCUCGAACAUAUUUUUUAACCAUAUGAGAUGUGGUCUAGUCGGUGAAUCUCUAUUAUGUAAAUAAAUAUUAUAUGAUACUUUUAUUAACAUUUUUUUAGCGUGCAAAGUAAUUAUAAUUAUUAUUAUUAUUUUGUUUUGGUAUGGGUACGAACGUUGAUUUAUAUGCGACAUCCGCCAUUCGUCGUGAACAAAUCAAUGCAAAGCUGUUGGAAGAUUAACCUAC